AUGACCCCUGCAAGAGGGCGUGGCCCAAGCCAAAGGAGUCCUCAUGUCCUGGUGACCGACUCCCGAGACCAACAAACCACUCAACCCCGUCGUCGCCGCUCCCCCGCAACCCGUUUCAUCACAGUCGACAAUGUCCUCCAAUACACCUCCGACGUCCCCUCCAUGCAGCAGCGCCAUCCGCCCCAAGGCAGCGUCCGGGCGCGGCCGCGCUCCCCAGCGACCAUGAAGCGACUUGCAGCGCAGCCGCGACUGCCUCCCCGUACAACCAAAGUCAGUGAGAAGCUGGUGCUUCUGCCAGAGGCCGGGGACGAAUUGCGCGAGGAAGAGGAAGAAGGGGACGAGGAAGAUGAGGAGACGGUGGACGAGGAGAGGAGGAAGGUCGCUCCGGAGAAGGCGAAGAGUUAUGCGGAGAGGUUGCCUAAGGCGCGGCGCGCGGAGAAGUUGGCGAGAGUGACGGCGUACUGUACGGCGCAGGCUUAUAAGAUGAGCUCGUUGGCGUCGUUUGUGAAAGAGAGGCAUGGGGGGAAGACGAAGCUCUACGAUGAUUGUCUGUAUACGGCGUAUCAUUUGCCGUUGUUGCCUGGGCAUGAGGGGUAUAGGCUGAGGAGUAGUCCGGUGCUGAAGAAGCCUGGUGGGAAGUCGCUGCUUGAUGAGGAAAUUGAGCGGAAUGAGCUGCGAGAUCAUCAUGAAGACUAUAUGCCGGAGGCGGAGGAGCAUUCGGUGUUUGGGGGCCACCAUGCUGAGUCUGGCUCGAGGGAGCAGUUUGGUCAAGAUACUGGACACAGCCAGCCAGGUCCGACUGCUGGCGCAACGGCGUCGUCGAGGCUAUCAUACAAUGUGGCGGAGAUGUUUGUCUUUAGCUACGGAGUUGUCGUGUUUUGGAACUUCACCGAAAAGCAAGAGAAGGAUCUCCUAGCCGAUUUGGCAUUUGCGACGUCGUCCGCAACGGGGUCACCCAUCCCACUGGCCACCAUGCCAUUGCAAGAGGAGGACUUUGAAACGGAGGAGUUCCAUUUCGAAUAUUCAACUGAAAUCUCACGCCCGCGCGUCUACAAUGACAUGAUCACUCUGCGCAGCGGCGACCACAUGAUCAAGCUAGCCAUCAGUCAUGGCAUUGCUCAGAGUACUAAGCUCUGCUUCUUCGAAGAAGUCAUGGCUCGCCAGAUGGCCGAGGCCAAGGACGUCCCUCGCCGACUCGCCAUGACUGGCAACCUAGGGAUGAAGCGAGACGAAGUAUUCCGCAUCCUGGGCAGUUUGUUCAAGAGCCGAGUGGAAGUGAACCUCUCAUCCAAUAUGCUCGACGUCCCCAACUUUUUCUGGGAAAGCGAACCCACUCUCUACCCGCUCUACAUCGCCGUGCGCGAAUACCUCGAGAUCAAGCCCCGAAUCCAAGUCCUCAACGAACGCUGCCGUGUCUUCCUCGACCUGGCUGAGAUCCUCUCCGAUUCGAUCGCCGACAACAGAACCUCGCACCAAACCUGGAUCAUCAUCGUCCUAAUUAUCAUCUCCAUCCUCGUCACCACCUUCGAAGUCUUCCUCCGCUUCGGCCUCCUCUCCGCCCGCGAGAACGACGCGUCCUCAACAAUCACUACCAUCCUCUCCCGAGCCCUCGGCCAUACCUCACCCGCACCCGUAUGCUCAUGUCCAGCACCUGCUGUUCCCGGAGUUCCAGCAGGCAUGGGAGCAUUGAAUACCACCGGCUUGCCGUAUUGA